UUGUAUCUGCCGUGCAACCACAUAAUUGUACCCAUUUUUGGGAUAAAUAAAGUGGGAUAGGCUCCAGCACCCCGGUAGAAAAUGGAUGGAUGGAUGGAUGGAUAAAGUCUGUUGUAUCCUAGCGAACUACACAAAAUAGCCACUAGAGGGCACAUUUUAAAAAACAAUGAUGAGGAUAGCAUCACGUUGAAGGGGUCUUUUGCAGUUUGGAGGGGUUUUUUCACUUUCACGUCACAUGCAACACGUUUGACCUGCUGCUCACCGAAAAGUUAUUCUUCUUGACAUGUGGCAGACAGUGCGCCAUGCAGACCCACUCCUGCUGAAUAUUGAUUGACGAGGUUUGACAUGUUUGGGCUGCGUCUGACCUUACUGCUCUGGAUCGGAGGAACAUCCAGCACGCAAGGUGAGGUCCUAUCUUCCCCCACUAUACAUGCAGAGGCGGGCAAACCUGUCCUGUUAGGCUGCAACGUGACGACGACCACGGGGGACAGCGUCCAACAGGUGCGCUGGCUUGACAAACACAGGAAGCUCCUGCUGGCGUACGAAGAGAGGACGGCGGUCCGCAUCAGCCACCAAUUGCCCAACGUGCAGCUGACUGCCUCACACAAGGACUCCAGCUACAUCACCAUAGCGAGGGUGUUGCCUGAGGACGAGGGUUGCUUCCGCUGCAUCUUCGAUGUCUUCCCCAGGGGCUCGCAGGAAGGCAGCGCGUGCAUCAGGGUGACUGCCAGGGUGCAUCUUGACGGCAAUAAAACGGCCGUGAGCGGCAAGCCGGCCGUCCUCUCCUGCUGGUACGACCUCCCUGAGCGCGUGCAGCAGGUUCUGUGGAAGAAGACGUCCCAGCAGGGCCACGCCAUCACCCUGGCCUCCUACUCCAAACAAGGUCACCACAACAUGGAGGAGGCACUGCGAGCUCGCCUCAGCCUGAGUGGAAGUCUGGGAGCCCCCCAGCUGACUUUCCAAUCGGUCGCGAUUGAAGACGAGGCCUGCUACACCUGCGAGUUCAACACGUACCCUGACGGGACCAGGAGCAACACCACUUGCCUCUAUGUUUAUGUGUUACCGGAGGCGAAGGUGACCCACGCAACCUUGUCUUCAGGGGACACCGAGGCCAAUUGCACGGCGCGGUCGCGCCCCGCAUCAAACAUCACGUGGAGGAUCGGCGAGGACAACCAAACCCUCGAAUCGCCGCUCGUUUCCCUCUCCCACGAGACGGACGGCACCACGACGCUGACGAGCACACUGCACCUCCAGUCGGGGGUGUUCACCAAGCUGUCGGUCCAGUGCAUAGUGCACCACCAAGGACUGGAGAUACCUCUCGCAGUGUCCCUCAACAACCUUGUCAACCCCGUCAAAGUCACCCUCAUCUGGCUGGGCGGUGUGGUGGCAGUCCUGAUCCUCCUCUGCUUGUGCGUGUAUCUCCGCGUUUCCUCUAAGAAGUGAGCUGGCGUCAUCGCUUCUUUGUCAAAGAAGCCUGGCAGGUUGGGACCUGGAAAAAAAUAUCGACUGUGAAGAACUAAAAGUAUAAUUUUUUUUACAUUGUCCAGCUAUUUUGACAACACAAGUGAGCCGGUGCAGGCGUCCUACCUGACCUUUCCCUAUCAGCCUUAAUUUAUACCAGUAUCAUCCUGCUAACUAUCAGCGAUUAAGUCUUUAGACCUCCAGCUCUUGUGUUUUUUCAAAGUGCAUCGAAUGUAUUUGCUGACGGCAUGCGAAAAGGGGGAGGACAAAAAAAAUUUCAAGUGUCUGUUAUUUGCUAUUUAUAGCGGCCAAGGCCGGAAAGCGCAGCUGACCUGUGACUGAAGAGAUUGUUUGUGAAGUUAAUGGUUUUGUGUACAUGUUACAAGGGAAAACUUGUCAAGUGUUACUGACAGUUUUAAAGCCAUACUUGCAUGCAGACUGUGUAGAAUCAAAACAAUGUUGGGAAUGUGUUCAUGUAUGUUUUAAAAUGUCAUGAAAUUAGAGUUUCAAAAUCAUCCUUCACCUUUUUCUGGUUUUGUACACACCAUAUUUGCUCUGUGAAACCCAAUAAAAAUAUGUAAUUGUGUAUUUACAUGAGGUUUUGGUCGUAUGCACCAGUAGAUGGCGACAUUUAACCUUAAAGUGACAGUUCAGUUGGGGGUUUUGUUCAACUGAUGGCCUAAGUCAGGGGUCGGCAAUCCAAAAAUGUUGAAAGAGCCAUAUUGGACCAAAAAUACCCCCCAAAAAUCUUGUCUGGAGCCGCAGAAAAUAUUUAAAGCCUUAUCCAUCCAUCCAUCUUCUACCGAUUGUCCCUUUCGGGGUUGCGGGGGGUGCUGGAGCCUAUCUCAGCUACAAUCGGGCGGAAGACGGGGUACACCCUGGACAAGUCGCCACCUCAUCGCAGGGCCAACACAGAUAGACAGACAACAUUCACACUCACAUUCACACACUAGGGCCAAUUUAGUGUUGCCAAUCAACCUGCUGGUCCACUAAUAGUACCAACCUUUAACAGUUAAUUUGACUAAUUUUCAUUAAUUACUAGUUUCUACUUUCUUUUUUAUUCAAUAAAUGUUUUUUAAUUUAUUGAUCUUAUUUUUUAUUUUUUUUAACUGACCUUAUCUUCACCAUACCUGGUUGUCCAAAUUAGGCAUAAUAAUGUGUUAAUUCCACGACUGUAUAUAUCGGUAUCGGUAAUUAAAGAGUUGGACAAUAUCGGAAUAUCGGAUAUCAGCAAAAAGCCAUUAUCGGACAUCCCUACUUUUCCCUAUUCAUGGAUCAAUAACUGAGAAGACUUUGGAUCACACAUUAAUGCACAAUGUAUUUCACACUUGAAAUACAUUUACUUUAAAACUCAUUCCUCCAGAAGAUACCACCCAGUGACAAGUCCUGUUGACUUACCUCUGAAAGGACGACAGUCUUCUCUUUCUGAUCUCAAAUUCCGAGGCCUUGCAAACACCCAAAGUUGGUUUUGCUGUGAGCAUUUACCCACUCGGCAUUUCGAAAUGUUUCCCCUGUACAAAAACUGACUACGUUGACAAUUGAAAAACAGGACAUUAGGGUUGUCCCGAUACCAAUAUUUUGGUACUGUGACGGCUCAAGCACCUGCCGCCUCUCAUUCUUCUGUGCGCUCCUCUGAGUGCGCCUCUGGACACACCCACGGGCGUUCCUCUGCGCGGCUGAACGCAAUCUACAAUCAACACACCUGACACUGAUGAGGCUCCACUCUUCUUAAGCCAGCGCAACCUGCGUUCCAGUGCCAGAACGUAGCUACCUGUAUUGUGCUGUAAACCCACACGUCUUUAGCUAUUUUUCCA